GCAUCACGUGACAGAGUGCGGAAGUGGAGUCAGCUGACUGGAAGCUGUUUAUCCUCGGGUUAGCUCGAUGGCUAACGGCGUCAAUUUAUAGGUUGUAUUCCUCGUUGCUGGACGGGCUCUGGAAACAGUUUACAGUCUGAUAUUUUCAAAAGACCGAAAAGAUGAAGUCCCUGUUCGGCGUCGAGGCUCUCUGUUUGGCGUGUUUUGUGCUGCUCAGCCUGGUUUCAGCGAAGAACUCAGAAGACAUCCGCUGUAAAUGCAUCUGUCCGCCUUACAGAGACGUGGAGGGACAGAUCUACAAACAAAACGUCUCGCUCAAAGACUGUAACUGUCUCCAUGUGGUGGAGCCGAUGCCGGUGGACGGCAAAGAUGUUGAGGCCUACUGUUUGCGCUGUGAGUGUAAAUAUGAAGAAAGAAGCUCGGGGACUAUUAAGGUUACCAUCAUAAUUUACCUUUCCAUUCUGGGCCUGCUGCUGCUCUACAUGGUCUACCUCACCAUGGUGGAGCCCAUGUUGAAGAGGCGGCUGUUUGGACACUCGCAGCUUAUCCAAAGUGAUGACGAUGUUGUCGGGGACCAGCAGCCCUUUGCCAACGCUCACAACGUCCUGUCCCGUUCACACUCCCGACCCAACAUGCUAAACAAAGUGGAGCACGCCCAGCAGCGCUGGAGGAGGCAGGUCCAGGAACAGAGGAAGUCUGUGUUCGACCGCCAUGUUGUGCUUAGUUAAGCAUCUGUCUGAGCUGUUGGUUGAGGUGAAAUAUAUAUAUAUAUAAAAAAAAAAAAAAGAAACACUGUGAAAGAGACCCCAUUUUAAUUUGGUUGUAGUCUUAUUUAUGGUUAUGGGUUUGAGGUGAACAUGGUACAGGAAGCAGAGGUUACUGGAAACAUUGUAGUCUACAGGACUUGAAUUUUUGCACAUACUCCAAAUGAACAAGACUAAAUAAAUUACUCUGCGACUUUCAAAAUGUACAAGUUGGAGUGUCGUCUGUGUAAAACACUCGUCAUUCUGGUUUACAAGCUUAAUGUCAACAACUGGAUCAAUCUGGUCAGUAUUUAGCACCGUAGAACAUGACGUCAUCUCAAUGCCGGGGGAAGCAACCCGGUGUGAAAUAUUUGAGUUUUCAGCCUUCUUUGGAAAAGCAUGUUUUGUAAUGACAGCUCUUUUAUAUAACCGUUUGUCUAUCCAUGUGUCCUACCACUCGUUUAACGUCUUAUAAACGGUGAAAUGUUUCUUACAUACAUAGACUUUGACUUUUGAACCUAGUUUAAUUGAACUCUGCAGAACUGGAUAGUGAUCGUUAACAUAGCUGUGUUACUGAUUCUGAUCCUCAUGAAGUCAUCGCCCUCUCUGACUGUGUAACCUAUUAACUGUAUAAUCUUUGAUAGAUUUUUGUGAUCAGUUUGCCGUCGGUUCCUUUUGAUCAAGUGCUUGUUGUCUGAUGGGCGGCGUGUGGAUGUGGCAGAGUGAACUUGAAGUUUAUUUUCUAUAAAGUUUGGGUGGCGUGUACAUUCCUACGGGUGGAUAACCGACCACUAGAGGGAGACCCAUGAAAGUGUUCUUAACUAUUCUUUGUGUAACCUUUUGACUUUAAAAUAAAUUGAUGUCAAAUAUC